AAUAUAAUUAUCACCACCUUCAGGCCAAUUGCGUUAUUUCACAGGAAGGAGAAACCGAGAAAUGUGGAACACGAAUCCCACAUUUCACUGUGUUGUCCUGGGUGGUACUACUAUUACCGAACGAAUUUCAUCAGGGACCAAGCAUUGCAGGUGUUGGAAUCGGUGGUGAAAUUGUUCAGUUUGGGUUGCGGAAAUAAUGAAAUUGUACAGCAGGAAGCCCUCUUCAUCCUGAUAGCGCCCGGUUGUUUGUUGGUGAAGUGGAUAAUAUGAGACUAGAGCAAAGUGAAAUUUGUGGCGGUUUGUCUGUUUUGGAAAUAAUUAAUUGUGUAGAGGGGCGAUAAUCAUCAAAGCUGCAUCAUCAAUGCGCUCGGACGUUGCACAACUGCAGUUUACGUUCAUCGUUCGACUAGUUACACCCGAUACAAUCAAACUGCUUAGUUAAGGAUGAAACGCAAUGUGGAGAGUAUUCAAUACCUUGUGAUUCUCGCUGUUCUUCUGAGUUCGGUUCAAGGUCAGGAUGGAGAAAUCUUGAUGCUUCCUAAUGAGCGUUCUUCCUUCGACGAUUGUCAUAUGCGAUUCCAUAAGUUAGAGGUUGUGGGAAUAGUGAGGCCAGCGUUUGGACAUCCAGCUCGUCUGAAGGAGUUUGCUCACAUGGGAGCUAUUGGAUGGACCCAACCGAACGGGAAUAUUUCAUGGAAGUGUGGCGGAACGUUAAUAUGGGCAAAUUUCGUCCUCACAGCGGCACACUGUGUCGUUGAUUCUGAAAACCAACCUCCAAACGUCGUCAGAUUUGGCGAUUUAGACAUUGCGACUACUGAUGGAGAUGAAUACGCGCAGCAAUUGAAGAUUGUUGCAAUUUUUAGACAUCCUCAGCAUCGGUUUUUAGCACAUUACCACGAUAUUGCUUUACUGAAGUUGGAGCGGAAUGUCGAAUUCAGUGAAGUCGUCGUACCAGCAUGCCUUUGGACAGAUGAAGAAGUGAGAUUUAAAAUUUUGGAAGCUACUGGCUGGGGCCGAACAGGAUAUGCUGACAAUCAGACACCUAUAUUACUGAAAGUGUCAUUGAAGCCAGUCGAUAAUGAAGAGUGUAGCAAGGUAUAUUCAAAUGGGACAGAUCGUAAGCUACGACUUGGACUUCAAGAUCACCAGAUAUGUGCUUUCGAUGAAAAGAUGGAUACGUGUGAAGGUGAUUCAGGAGGUCCUCUUCAAAUCAAGUUGAUGCACAAUGCAAGAGUGACACCUUUCAUCGUUGCUGUAACUUCUUUCGGAACCGCUUGUGGAAUGUCUGCUCCGGGAGUUUAUACUAGAAUUGGGCCAUAUCAUGAUUGGAUAGUCGAAACAAUGCAAAAAAAUGGUGCAAUACUUCCAAAUGAUGUUUUUAAUGCCACGUUUUGUGCCAUACGAUUUGCUUAUUUUCGUGAGUAUGAGGAUGUUAUAAUUGUGGAGCGUACACCCGAUUAUGUUUCUGUGAACUCCGAAUUGAGUCAUAUGUCCUUGGCCGAUGGACUACCAUCAUACGUUGUGCAGUUAGCAUGGAAUGGACAAACACAUGAUUGUUACGGUGUAAUAAUCGAUGAGGACACUGUAUUGACGCUUGCACAAUGUGUUACCAAAAAUGGAGAGCGCGUUUCUCAUAUUAAUUAUUUGAAUAAUAUUACAAUGGAGGUAUCGAGAAUUCACAUUCAUCCAAACUACAAACAGGGAAGUAGUUAUAAUAAUAUAGCUAUUUUACGAUUGCAAAAGUUUCUCGACUUCCAAGAUCUCGAUCCGCCCUGUCUAUGGCAAGAAAAGACUAUAUCACAAGAAGUUCAUGUACAUGGAUCCGGUCGUCGCGACAUUAAUUUCUUUCUUUAUAUGGAUGAGCACAUUGAAAAAAUAGAUCCAUCGAUAACGAUUUUAACCCCACGAGUCCGUUUCCAAAACGCUUCGACUUGUAUCAUCCCCAAAAGAUAUUUUCCGUUACUUCGUAAUGGAUUAACUGACGAACAUAUCUGCAAUGGGCAGAAUUUGUUCCUGGUGCCGAAGUCCUGCGAUCUUGUGACUGGUGGAGCACUUCACACUUCGGAUUAUAAACAUCAAAAUUUCUAUCCCAUGGUGUACGGAUUGAAUUAUCUGGGUAGGGAAUGCGGUUUCGGUGAACACGCGAUAGCGAUUAGCGUGGCAAAUCACGCAGAAUGGAUGAAGUCCGUGCUUUUUCCGAACUAUAAGCAAUCCCACGGUACAGUACAGUUCGUCGAUUCGGAUCAUCAAGAGGGCGACCCUUGUCGUAGAUAUGACGGACGCGCAGCGCGUUGCGUUCCGGUUUCAAGGUGUUCAAGAGGGUGGAACCAAUUUCUGUCCAAUGGGACGAUUGAGUUGUGUGCUACCAGUUCAUUAGCUUGCUGUCCACUCAUUGAUAUCGUGGAUACUGAACAUAACGUAAUCGAUCCGCAGCUCACCGAAUGUCCAAGUUUGGUGAAAGAUCUCAACGUAACAUCGCCAGCGGGUUCACUUGUAUACAUUGGCUGGCUAACAGAAGGAAGUUUGGAAUUUAGAUGUCUUGGAACAAUCAUAACCAAAAAGGUAAUCCUAACUACAGCCAGCUGUAUUGGGAAUGAAUUACCUGUCGCCGUAAAAAUAGAGGACAAUGGUUUUCAGAAAACACAUCGAAUCAACGAAGUAAUUGUGCACUAUGCUUACAAUGCAACCGAUGGCACUAACGAUAUUGCAAAGAUUCGAUUGGAAAACAAUCUCAUCUGGAGCUCAUAUAUAUUUCCUACCUGCUUAUGGACCAAUACAACGCAUGUGCCUCUGGUGUUAUCGUUGGUUUUUCCCGAUGAUGACGGUGAUAUAGCAUUCACCAGAGUAGUGGCAAUGUAUAACACCGAUUGCCAGAGAACUCAUAGGUAUAUCAUUCAGGGAUCUCAGCUUUGUGCGAGGGAUCCGCAUAAUAACUUUACUUGUAAUACUUUGACUGAUCUACUACGAUACGACAGCCCGGACAGAGUUUCCUAUGUUGUGGGAUUAUCUACAGAUGACGAUAACUGUGAAAACACACACUACGCGGUGUAUACUAGAAUUUCCAGUUUCGUUAGCUGGAUCGGAAUGAAUGUGUAAAUAGUAAUCAGUAUCAUCAGUAAACAGAAAUCAUCGUAAGACAAUUUCCCUACCAAAUCAACCGAAAAAUUCCGAUUUUCACUCGAUCCUCUCUGAUUUAUUUAAGCCUUGUAUAUACAUAGGAUGGUCAAUUGCCCAAAGUUAUAAAUUCCAUUUUCACAAUUUCACAGA